GACGCAUCACGACAAUGGCUCCGUCCACGGCCCGCAAAGAUGCAAGCACACGGUCGGUCGCUUCUGGCUUCAGCUUACUCGCCGACGAGAAACGCACCGACUCGGCGCUGUCGUUGCUCUUCGCGGUCAAGCAACCGCCUGUCAAGGCCAAGCCCGCUACCGCCCUGCCUUCCGUGCAGAGAAGAGCUGCUUCUGCGAAUAACGCUGCAUCUGAUGCCGAUAACGACGCAGACCUCUCCGAAGUGGACGGAGAGUUGGAUGAUGCCGAUACGGCAGCCGAAGUAGGCGUGGAUGUUGGCUCGGACGCGGACUCGGGUGACACGGUCGAGAACGUCACAGAGCCCAGGCGUAAGCGGAAGCGUGGCGAUGCUGAGGAGCAGCUCGAGGAUGUCUAUAUGAGCCGGCUGGUGCGCGAGGAAGAAAAGGACGCUGAGCGACUUGCCGCUGGGCGAGUUCCAAAGCGCGCCAAGCAGCGAGGUGCGCCUGACAGCGAGGUGGAGGUCGAGGAUGAAGAUCUGACAGUGGAGGCCAUACCCUUUGACGAUCAAUAUGAGAGCGCGUCCGAUGAUGACCAGGACGGCACUGCGGCCCCGCCCAAGCAUGAAACUGAGGAAGCGAAAGAUAUCGAACUGGACAAGGCGAACCGGACUGUAUUCGUAGGUAACGUCUCCACGACUGCCAUCUCCUCCAAGCCCGCCCGCAAGGCACUCCUCGUUCACCUUGCCUCGUUCUUCCCCACGCAGUCCAGCGUAAAGGCUGGUCCGAAGCCCAAAGUCGAGUCUAUCCGUUUUCGCUCCACGCCUUACGCGUCCGCGAUUCCGAAGAAAGCUGCGUUCGCAAAGAAAGAGCUCAUGGACGCCACGUCAAAGUCUACUAAUGCCUACGUCGUCUACUCGACACCUUCUCUGGCUCGCGAGGCCUGCAAGAGCCUGAACGGCACUGUAGUGCUCGACCGUCAUCUCCGCGUAGACUCAGUCGCUCAUCCAGCCAAAGUGGACAACAGGCGAUGUGUAUUUGUGGGCAAUUUGGGCUUCGUGGACGACGAAUCCAACAUCCAAGAUGCCAAUGAGGACGAUGGGCGCGAGAAGCGCAAACGCGGCAAAGAGCCCGCAGAUGUCGAGGAGGGUUUGUGGCGCUGCUUUGCCAAGUGUGGAACAGUUGAGAGCGUGCGUGUCAUCCGCGACAACACCACCAGGGUCGGCAAGGGAAUCGCAUACGUCCAAUUCGAGGACGAGAAUGCAGUGGAGGCAGCGUUACUGCUGAACGAGAAAAAGUUUCCUCCGAUGCUGCCUCGCAAACUUCGUGUUAGUCGAGCAAAGGCACCAAAGAAGAAUGCAAAGGUAGGCAGUGGGAGACCUUCAGUCAGGCCACAGCAUACCGGCAGUGGCUACCAGCGCAAGGUCACUGGCGAGGAAGCUUCGAGACUGGGAAGAUCUGCCAAAUUGCUAGGUCGUGCCGCAGCAGCCAACAUGCGCAAAGGAGGGGAAAAAUCUUCUAGGCCAUCUAGGCAGCCCUCGCAGGCCAUGUCUUUCGAGUCGGCAGAAGGUAGCAUCAGGAAGCCCGAGAAUUUCAUUUUCGAGGGGAACAGAGCUAGCGCAAGAUCGGGGAAAAGUGGGCUGAAAUUAGGAGGCAAGGCACACAAGAGCAAGACGAAGGUGACCAAGAGGAGCUCUUCUUACAAGGAUCAGGCCAAGAAGAAGAUCAGAGCGUGAUGAAGCAAGCGGAUCAGAUGCAUGAUCAUAAUAGUGCUGAGAGCAUGUUCCCGCUUCGUAUGGCGGUGUCUGUUUCAAUCUGCCCAUACCUCACUUUCGGCCAUUGUCCUUGCGGCCUCGUCGCAAAAGGACAAAUAAACAGUUACUACACUACGCAAUCGUCACAAGACCCGCGUACCCAAUAUAGCGCACCCUGCAGCGAAGAUGGAGCAUCUUCAAAUCGCCCAGGACCCACGGCGUUGCGUUGUAGCCCAGUUACCACCUGUAGCAUCGGUCUUGUCAAAAUUCUUCUCCUGCUUGGCCCACUCGAAGAUAUACAACUUGAGGGCCUGCCAUCUCUUACAAUCCUGACUUGUUAUACCUUGUCCACCACCGCCCUCGAAGUCUGUGCCCAAUCGUAUAUAACCUCGCGGGUUCUGUUUGGCCUUCACGUCAUCCUCGCGCAAUUCCGAGAUCGGAAUGCAGCUAAUCUUGGACAGCUCUUCGUCGAAGGGGCGAGCUAAUGACGGGUAGCCUAGCGAAAGAUAGUUGUAUACUUGCGUGACAAAAGAGUCUGGAUAUUCACGCUCAAUCUGUGCGACCAUUUGCUUCUCCGACAUGAGUAUGGCAUCCAGGCGGUUCAGAUCAACGGUUUCAGACAUCAUCGGGGUAGCUGCCACUGCCACAGCGGACCCAUUGCGCUGGGCGAAUGAUUGCUCGAAUGGGUUCGAAUUUGCAGCCCGAGGAGCAGGUGUCAUCAGCCCAGUAGGGCCAGCAGGCGGCGAUAGUGCAGUGUUCAAAGAAGCAUCAUCAUCAUUGCUGACGCAGAAACCGCCCCAAAGACCUUUGCCGGCAGUGCUCUGGGCAGGACCCUUAGAAGCCGCCGAGGCCAUGCGCUGGUCGGACUUUUUAACAGGUGCAGCUGCCCAAAGGCCACCCUUAGUAGCAGUUUCGACACUGGACUGCUCACUCAAAUAGCACAUCUGCUUUCGCAAUGCUUCUGAGCCCUGCGUCACGUCAAACCUGGCUGGUUCAGGCGAAGUACAUCGGGGAAACAUCAAAUCAUUCCCCAACAUAGGAGGUCGAGCGCGGUCACGCAUGGACUUCAGCUCGCUAUCUUGCUGAUAAAGCGUAAGUCCGGCCGCCGGGUUCCACCAUGGGGAAUGAGUUUCUUUCUUCUUCUCUGUCGACCGGUUCGCAUUUCGAUCUUGUUCCAGCUGCUCUGCAUGUCGCUGCAUCUCAAGCUGUUCCCAUGAGAUUGUGCCGGUGCUCUCUCGCCGCAGAGCGGCUCGAUGUAGAAACUCCUCCUCGUCGAAACCCUCCCAAGUGACUGGACGAUCUUCAAUCUCCAUUUCUUCGCUGCCAUCCUGCUCGCUAUUGAUAUAGUGCUGUACGGGUUCAUGAAAGUCUGAGUUUGGAAAAGCUGCGAGCGCUGCCUCCUCAAGCCUCCGCUGAGCCUUCUUCUGUUCAAGCUGCAACAAGUAGUGACUGAAGCUCUCGUCCACGCUCUCUCGCAUCCGUGUGGCGUGUUUGUAGGAAGCUUGUGGGAGGGACAUAUCAGAAGCAGUUAUAGGCGAGCCUUGGCCAGGGCUACAUGACCUGCGAGAGGAAUAGCCGGAUUCGCGCUCACUUUCGGAGCUCUCAAUCGUAUCGAGCUCGGGACAUCGAAAAGAAUGUGAGCGUUCAGGCUGAAGAUCUGAUCUGGGUGGCGCACUGCCAUCCAAGGGUGAUAUACAGCGCCGCAUCUCGGGUGGUAUGUCAAGGGUGUUGAGCGACGGAGAAGCGUCAUCCGUGGACAUCUUGUUCGCCUUUCGCCGGCCCGCGUGGCGGCGAUGUUCUCGAGCAUGCACCACGAAGCCUUCCUCGGUCUUGUAAUUCUGAUAGUUGGCGUCAUUGGCAUCGCCCUUUCUGCGUGACCGUUUGGCAGUUGAUAACACCUCGGGCUGGAAUCUACGUGGCACAGAGCCCUCUGCAGCUCCCCGGGAGAUGACAUCGCCAUGUUGGCUCGUCCUUUGACCACUACUCCGCGACGGAGAGCAAUUGCCGGCGGAGCAGGCCUCAGUCAGCUGCGACUGAGGUCCUGUAUGACUCGUUCUACUGUGAUUCGGGCCACUGCGGGCAGCUCUGUCUUUGCUGCUCUUCUGCGUCGUCUCGAUUGGCUGUGGGGCGAAGCGUCGAACAGGUGGCUUGGAAGCCUGUGUGAGGCUCGAGGUGGAGCUGCGAGUUGACUUGGACGUGGUUUCGAAGGGCUCUGGAGCAAAGCGUCUAAUUCUAGGCAGCUCUCGUUCGGCGGAAUGUUCAUCGGGCGAGUGCUUUCGGGCCUGCUUGGACGAUUUCGUAGUCGUCUCGAUUGGCUCUGGGGCAAAGCGUCGAACCACAUUCUGCUGCGGCGGCGAGGACGGAGGCAUGUCAGAGCGGCGGCAGCGUGGCCCAGACGUUGUGAAGGACUUGGUCGCAAUUCAUGCGCGUGACGAGGUGUGCAGCCACAGAGCCGACCAGGCCAGCACGGAGCAAGGCAGAGUGCAGGACCGUGGUCCGCUCAGAGGCGCGUCGAGGUGGAGAAAUGGA